CCAUCCUUGGGAAGCCUUCGUGUCAAUGGCGUUGUCUUCUAUGCGGCUCCUAUACCGACCAUGUAGUGGUUUGGCUUUCCAUUGGCGAACCAGAUCCUGCAUUGGGUUAUCUUUGCCUCAGGGUCGAAAGAUUUUUCUGAAAGGUUUAGUGGUGUCAACUUUUUAUCCGUCUGUGUUAUUGCUUGAUGCAUUCUGCUGGAUGUGCUUUUGGAGGAAGUACUGGCGUAGAUUGUCCACUUGGCGGCGAUGUAGUGUAGGUAUGCAAGGUAUUCCUCUGCCACCCUCACUUCGUGGUAGAUGGAACCGCUCUAUGGAACUAUGUGGGUGGUGUCCCCGGUAUUACGGAAUUCUUUUCUGGUUUCCACAUUAAGUGCGUUCAGAUCUGUAUCCGUCCAGUUCAGUAUGCCAAACGUAUAGGUAAGGACCGAAUUAUUAUUAUUAUAUUAUUAUUAUUAUUAUUAUUAUUAUUAUUAUUAUUAUGAUUAUUAUUAUUAUUAGUAUUAUUAUUAUUAUUAUUAUUAU